AUCAGUGGCUGUUUACACAGUAGUCAGCCUGUGACAUCAGAGUCCAGACUUUAUAAAUGUCAGCAGGCAUGAGAAUGAGCCUCUAUCAGACAGCUCCACUGGCUGCACCAAUCCGUCACACAGCUUACAGCAGGAUAGACUGAGCUGCAUCAGAAACAAAAUGGACCGACUGGAUCACUGUGUGAUUACUCUGGGUGUACUGAUCCAUGUGGCUACACAGGUGAUGUGCCAGCUGUGUGACAGGCCCUGCGUUUGCCCUAAAUUUGACCCCCAGUGCCCUGUGGGAGUCCCUCUGGUGAUGGAUGGCUGUCGGUGUUGUCAGGUGUGUGCUCGGCAGCAAGGCAAGCCGUGCACAGAGAUGUUACCCUGCGACAGGCAGAAAGGACUGGAGUGUGACUUCAGUGCCAGCUUCCCUGGAGACCCUGGAGUGUGUGUCAGUGCAAAGGAUCUGAGCUGUGAGGUCAAUGGCAUCACUUACCUCGACGGGCAGUCGUUCCAGCCAUCCUGUGACUCUUACUGCCACUGUAGAGGCGGAGGGGUGAUGUGCGUACCGGCAUGUCCGCUUACUGCUCGUCUUCCCACUCCGGACUGUCCCAGCCCACAAUUCGUCCAGCUACCAGGGAAGUGCUGCAGGGAAUGGGUGUGUGAAAACCUUGAUAACACAGUCAUUCAAGAUGCUAUAACAGUUUCUGAUUUUCAUCCAGCCAUGAGACCAGGCCAGCUGUGGCCAACAAUGCCAAGAAGUAACCUCCUGAAAAAGCUGGUCUCUCCAGCCUCCACCUGUAUAGAGCAGAGCACCCAAUGGAGUGCCUGCUCCCAGAGCUGCGGGGCUGGGGUCUCCACACGGGUCUCAAACCAGAAUCCUGCCUGUAGGCUGCAAAUGGAGACUCGACUUUGUAAAGUGCGACCUUGCCAGGAUGUUCAGUCUGAGCCAAGAAGACCCACGAGGGGACAGCAUGGUUGGUGCAAGGCCAGCUACAGGUCACCAGGUCCCAUCCGGCUCUUGCAUCGGGGCUGCUACAGCACUCGAGCCUACCAGCUCCAGUACUGCGGACAGUGCACUGACUCUCGAUGCUGUACGCCACACCAAACCUCCACGGCUCAGGUGACCUUCCGCUGCCCCACAGGCAGACUGCUGCAGAGAGCUGUAAUGAUGAUCCACUCAUGUGUGUGUCACAACAACUGUCCCUAUGCAUCCUACACUAACCCUGCUCUCUGGGCACAAAGGCCCUGAUUGGUCUGUGGAAAUUCUGCCUCGCUGAGCAUAGCAGGACUUAUUUGAAGGGAUAAGUGGUGAAAAACAUCUCAAGGUUCAAGGUAAAUGAAGAUAGACAUGAAAAUGAUUUGAGGAAACUGUGACUGACCUGUACAAUGUUGAUUUAUACACAAUGAUAAACUCUGCACUCUCUCAAAAGCUUCAGGAUGCUUCAGGACCUUGUAAAGCAUUUAUUUGAUCAUCUUUAUCCUCAAAUUUAACAACCUUAGUUAUAAAUAUUAUCUUGAGGGAGUGUUUUAGAUUGUUAUCUACCGUAGAUCACUCUCCUCAGUUUGAAUGAAGAGAAAGACAUUGUUGCUAUUCACUGUUCCAUUGAACCAAUGGCUAACCAGAAGAUGCCCUGGAACAAUCUGGAUUUCUACCACCAUACAACAACUUAAAUAUCCAAACUUUCAUUAUGGUUCAUGUUAAUGCAAAGGUAUAUGUUAUUGCAGAAAACUUUAAGCCACCAUUACAUUUGCAUCACAGUGCUGCCAUACCUGAGAUUUCAGAUGAUCAGACAAAUUUUAUAACAAACAAAGAAAACUAUAAUAAUAAAAAUAAAUAGCAUUUUUUAUUUAUUAAGAGUUUAAAAGCUAUCGAAACCAACCCUAACUGAAUAAGGUAUUGUUCACCUUAAUAAAUCCCACCCCUGAUUACUGCCUGACCACCAAGGAUAAAAAAGUACGUAUAUAGAACCUGUCUGGCAACAUUAGGUAGGAAUAUAAAAAAGCUCACUAUGCUUCGAUCUACAGAAAUUUAAGAACCUAUCAAAAACAAAGUCAUUUCUCAGUCAGAAAAAGUGUACAAAGCCAUUUCUAAGGCUUUGAGACUCACGUGAACCACAGUGAAUGCCUUUGUCCACACAUGGAGAAGCAUGAAACAAUGAUAAACCUUCCCAUGAGUGGCCAGCCUACCACAAUUUCUCCACAUCAACAACUCACCCAAAAGGUAAAACAAAAAACAAAAUCUUAAUCCCUGCAGGUUUCACUUGCUACAGUUUAAGUCAUAAGAGUAAUAAGAAAAAAAAACCAAAACCACGCAGGUUUUUUUUCAAGUAUUUUUUGACUGAUGAGGCAUUUUCCCGGGUUAGUGAGCAGGACAAUGACCCAAAGCACACCAGCAGGUUCACUUGAAGGUUUUAAAGUGACGUAGUUUAAUUUGACUGAGAUGUUGUAGAAUGACCUUAAACAGGCCAUUCCUGCUCAAAAAAAACAUCCAAUGUGUCUGAAUUAAAACAAUUCAGCAAAGAAGAGCGGGCCAAAAUUUCUUUACAGUCAUGUAAAAGACUCAUUGUCAGUUAUUGCAAAUAUCACAGAUGCUGCCACCAAGGGUGGCAGAAGCAGUAAAUAGGUUUAGGGGCAAUCACAUUUUUACACGGGGCCGCUUGGUUUGGGUAGGUUUAUUACUUCAUGAAUACAAUAAUCACUUGAAAACUGCACAUUAAAUUUCCUCAGGUUUUAUUGUCUGAUAUUAAAAAUUGACUAUUUAAAACACGCAGGUGUAAUAAAAAUGCCAAAACAGAAGAAAUGUUUAAGCCAGCAAAUACUUUUCCACAGCCCCGUCAAUACAUAUCGUAUGAUGUUAUUUAAAGUGGAUGUAAUUUUUUUCACGGUGACUGUAAUUGUCACUGCCCUGCGAUGGACUGGCGAUCUGUCCAGGGUGUACCCCGCCUCUCGCCCAUAGACUGCUGGAGAUAGGCACCAGCUCCCCCGCGACCCACUAUGGAAUAAGCGGUAGAAAAUGACUGACUGACUGUAAUUGUAUUCAAGUUACGGAGCCCGCGAAGGGACAUGGGGGGAUUUUUUUUUUUCUUUUGCGUCCCCACGCAAUACUUUUUGCAUUCUCACGCAGUACUUUGUGGGAUAGUUUCCAAACCAGACAAAUGCAAAAAUGGAACAAACACUACACCUGAAAUCAACCUUAAAUAAAAGAAUAUUCAAUCAGACUUCAAUCAGACUAAUACUGCACUAAACCAUAUUUGUGACACUUUAUUAGAUUAUUGCUGCUGCACAAUGUGUACUUUUUUUUUAUUGGACCCCAUUAGUGCUUUUGUUUUUAUAGUGAGUUGAACGGUUCUUCUUAUCCCAAGCAUUUCAUUGCAUUGUUGACUGUGUGUUAGCCUGCAUACGACAAAUAAACCAUACCUAUGCCAUAUCAGUGCUGUUUGUUUUGUGAGCAGUUUCUCAUGUGUGAAGCUGUUCCAAAAUGCACAGCCUUCUCAAGGUGAUUAACAACGUUUGCGAGGGAACACAAAAGUAUUGCGUGGUAACGCAAAAUGUAUUGUGAGCAACCACAAAAGAAAAAAAUCCCCUCAUGUCCCUUUGCCGGCUCCGUACAAGUUAAUCAAAAAAACAUGAUAUAUAUUACCGUAUACCUGAAAAAAGGGCUAACCUUUGACCUAGCUUGGAUUAAGAGAUAAAACUUAUUUAAAUUGCUGAGUAGCGUCUUUUGGAGCAAAUGUAAAUAAACUGUUGUACAUGUACACUAUUUGUUCAUAGAGUAUCUCAAAGAAUAACAUUGAGCACUCACUGUAUAUUUCUGUCUUAGACAUGAACAGCAUAACCUCUAAAUGUUACUGUUUAAUUUUGCAUUUGCAGUUUGUUUUGUUGUUUUUUUUUUUGCACUUUUUAGUUUUUUGUUCAUGAUGUAAAUAUUUUCUGAACAGAUGCUUCUUGAAACAUAUAUUUUUAUAUACUGUGUCAUGGACUUUUACUCUCAAUAAAUUUUGAGUUUUUUUUUUAACAAGUUUUAAGAUUAAUUUCAGUGGAACAUAUUGCUCUAUUUUAUUUUAUUUUGAACAUUCUUUGUAAGCAUUACACUUUGACAAAAUGUUUUGGGCUUUCUUGAAGCACACAUACACACAGAACCCAGUCAUAAUUUUGGUAAUGUUUCAUAUAUGUGUUUGACUAUUUUUAUGUUACCUCCUCAUUUGCAUGAAGGCAAAUGAAGAGUUGAAGUUGAUAGGGUUUACAGAAGGUUUUUAGCCAUUCCCUGUUCAUUCACUUUCUGACAUCUAGUGGUCUAAACAAUCUACUGCAGAUGCUGUAGAUGCUAAAGAGCAUUGGACAGAACAUUUAACUUGAGAUGAAAAAUACAAGCGUGGCCAGUCUGAAUUGCAAAGAUCACUGUACAAUUUCCCAGCCAGGCACCAAGAAAAAUAUAUGUAGCUUUCUAGUUUCACCCUGUUCAGCUCCUCCUGUGUUACUUGUAGGAACAAAGAAUACUGUGUAAACUGUUACAAUUCUUUAUUUUUUUCUGGAUUUUUCUUUAAAAGCUGAAUUAUUUAUUAUCAUGUAUCUUGCAUAUAUUUUUUAAAGACACCUGGUACACCCUGGAUAGAUAGACAGUAUUUUACAGGGCAACACAAGGCACUCAGGACAGACAAUCAUGCACAGGCACUCAUUCCUAAGAGCAAUUUAAAGAGACCAAUUAACCUAAAAGUCAUGUUUUUGGACUAUGGGAGGAAGCAAGAGUAUGCAGGGAGAACCCAUGCUUGCAUGGGGAGGAAAUGUAAACUCCAUGCAGAAAGACUCUAGGCCAGGAUUCAAACCCGGGACCUUCUUGCUGCAAGGCAAAGGUGCUCCAGAACAACUAAUGAUGAGCAAGUUUAUUUCAUUAAAUUUGACAACAACUUACAAAAAAGAAAUGUUCAUCACUUAAUGCCCAAAACUGUUUGACUCCCUAAGUCCCUUUAGUUUUUGAUAGUAAAGUGUAAUUAGCACCUUAAUAAAUUCUUAGCACUCAUAGUGCUACACAGUUGCA